GGUGCUAUACAGUCAGAAGCCAUUGUACAACCAGGGAUCGUUCUGACCGGAACUAUAGAAUUGGAUUCUAUAAGUACGUUUUAAUCAGAGCGCAGUAACACCCGAGGAACAUAAAUAUAGUUCAAGAAGUAAAAUAAACUCCAUUGUCACGGAAAUCUAGGACGACGAAACACUUACAGUGUUCGAACAACGAGUGAUUUUUCCACCCGGGACGUCAGGCUUGGCGGAGGGAUUCAGCUGAUUUUAGUAGACAUCUGAAGACAAAAAGCCGCCGUCUAAUUCCGCACCAACUGUAAAUUUAGUUCGUACUUGGCUUUUCUCUUAGGUCUGUGCCCUUAUUUAGAUGGCAAGCUUCCCAGACUCUGUAAAUGAAAAUGAUAUAGGUAAGGCUAAGUUCAUCGGUGAACUCCUGGUGCCUGUUGCUCCCUUUGACCAGAAGUCUGGGCGUGAGGCUUGGACAGUAGCCUUUGCACCCAAUGGGUCCUACUUUGCUUGGUCUCAGGGGCAUCGCAUUGUCAGGCUCAUUCCCUGGACAAAAUGCCUGAAGAACUUUUCAGUGGGCCAUGGCAGGGAGGGCACCAAUGCCUUGAGCCCCCGGCAUUUGUCCCGUCAGAACAGCAACGGAGUUCAGGCAGUCCAAACAGCUGGUGAGCCCCGCGAGCACACAAUAGACUGUGGAGACAUUGUCUGGGGUUUGGCCUUUGGUUCAUCAGUGCCAGAGAAGCAGAGCCGCUGUGUUAACAUCGAGUGGCACCACUUCAGGUUUGGCCAGGACCAGCUGCUACUGGCAACAGGCCUCAACAAUGGACGGAUCAAGAUCUGGGAUGUUUACACUGGAAAACUGUUGCUGAAUCUGAUGGACCACACUGAUAUAGUGAGAGACUUGACCUUUGCUCCUGAUGGCAGCCUUAUGCUGGUCUCUGCAUCCAGAGAUAAGACCCUUCGUGUAUGGGACCUCAAAGAUGAUGGUAAUAUGGUGAAGGUUUUGCGGGGGCAUCAGAACUGGGUAUACUGCAGCACCUUCUCCCCUGACUCCACCAUCCUGUGCUCAGUCGGCGCCGGCAAAGCAGUGUUCCUAUGGAACAUGGAUAAGUACACGUUGAUCCGGAAGCUGGAGGGGCACCACAAUGAUGUGGUGUCUUGUGAGUUUUCGCCAGAUGGGGCGCUGUUAGCCACUGCCUCGUAUGACACCAGGGUCAUCGUGUGGGACCACCACAAGUCCACUAUCCUCUUGGAACUGGGCCAUCUCUUCCCUCCCCCAUCACCAAUUUUUGCUGGAGGUGCGAAUGAUCGUUGGGUGCGCUCUGUGAGCUUCUGCUCUGAUGGCCGCCACAUUGCCAGCAUUACUGAUGACAGGCUGGUUCGUUUCUGGAGCAUAGAGGAAAGGGCUCCUCAGGCCAUUGCCUCUCUUUCUAAUGGCCUCUGCUGUGCCUUCUCUCCUGAAGGAAGUGUCCUUGCUGCUGGGACCCGUGAUGGCAGUGUGCACUUCUGGGAGUGUCCUCGUAGCAUUGCUACCCUGCAGCACAUGUGCAGGAUGGCCCUUCGCCGGGUGAUGACCACCCAGCAUGUGGAGGCCCUGGCUAUUCCCACACCGCUUCGUGACUACCUGACCUACAAAGUCAUCUGACCUCUUCCCCCCGCCGAUACAGUUGCACCUGCCACAGCAGUAUGCUGGAAAACCAGUGAAUCCUUUGUUUUCUAAAAACAUUUUUCCAUUUUUAUGGAACUUUGUUGAACAAGCAACAGCAGCCAGAACAGGAGAAGUGUGAAGUUUUACUGAAACCCCAAUGUCUUGUCCUUGUCUCAAAACCCUCUACAUUCACUUUCAGCAGGAUGUUAUUGGUUUUCUACAUAUUUAUUUUUGUAAGUGCUUUAGUAAGUUGCUGGGGCUAGCGCACAAACUACACCUGCAAGGUCAAGUUAUAUCUGGGGCCUCCCGUCCCCUCCAUCUUAUCAGUGUGGUACCUGUAAGUGUUUGGAUCCUCUUCCAACUGGCUUUUUCUCCUCCAGGUUCAUUAAACCCUUCAUCUGUUCUUCUGAAAUGAAAUGGUUGUUGCACUUAAUGUAUGAAGCUUUGCGUUGGUGCAUAGUAUGGCUCAACUCAAUUCACUUUUGGUACCUGGAUUUUUUUUUUUACCCACUGUAGAUAGUUAGAUUGUCAUAGCAGUGUCAUGUGAAACUGCUGUGACGAGACGAGAUACAAACAGCACAGACACAAAGACAAAGCUUUGGAAGACCUACACCAGAUGACUAGAAGAGUCUUGCUCUGUGUCACAGGUUACACAUCUAGUUUUCACACCAUCAUUUAGUAUCGGUCUAGCUCAUUUGUAACCCUGACCCAGACAAUAUCAAAAAAUACCAGGUACUUUUUAAACAAUGGAAAACCAAAAAAUUAUCGAGCCGAGCCAAACCCUGCUUCAUAGUGGAAACACAACGUAAGUGUUCAGCUCCUCUUCCAGCUGGCUUUAUUUCUCUACCAGGUUCAGCAAACGCACUUAAUGUGAGGAGCUUUGCAGCAAUGCUUGCUAUUAAUGUCAAGUUUUCUAUUUGCAAGUGAAUGAAAAGACACAUGGGAGGUUUAAAAGAUGCGGGGUUUUGAAAGCCAGUACUCAGAUCUGUGAACCACUGACAAAGUUGAACUAUAGUAUCUUUACCUUGCGUUAUUGUCAUAGCAGUGAGAAACAAUAUUAUUAAGCUGUUACUCCAACGUGAUGCACUCACGAGAAAUGAGAAGAGUAAGAAUUCCUCAUUCUUUGUUUCAGUAGCACCAGAAGCUAGUUACUUCACUAGCCAGUAAGUUGGCACACACCAUUAAGUCCUAAUUAAUAGCUGGCAAUGCAGAUAUGCUAGUGUUGUCACCCAAUGAAUAACAAAAAAAAAAAAAAAAAGCUGAAGAAGAGAAAUGCCAAAGAUAUUAUUUUAAAAGGUAUCCCUAUUUUGCAAUUUGUCCACCAGAAGUGAAGUUUAUUUUUCCAGCUGCAACUUGUCCAGCCCCAGUACAUUUCUUAAAAAAUGAGAAGAAAGAAAGAAAACAAAUCUAAGGAAAUCUUAUCAGAAAUUUGUAUGGUAAUGAUCAGAUGAUAAAUAAUUAUCUUUUUUUUCCACUGUCAAAUAUGUGGGCCUAAAACGAUCCUGUAUCAGUUGAGCUAUAACCUUGCAACAUCUAUUUGAUUAGUAUACUAGAGUUGGGUAUUUUUCAAAUUUUACAAAAUUUUAUUUAUUUGAUUCUGCUUAUCUCCUGUACUUAUAGAUUCUCAGUUUUGAUUCCAGUAUGCUGUUAAAACAAGGUGGGGUCAUGUUUUUGGAUAAGAAAAAUGUCCUUUUAAGUGUUUGCUUAGGCUUUCAUUGUUUCAUUAAGUCAAUUCAAAGUUUUUUAACUAAAUUCUGACAUUUCAGGCUAAUUUUUUUGUGUGUGUUUCUAAAGCAAAGAACAGUUAUUAAUGUCCAUCAUAGAUAGACUCACAGACUGGUGUUAAGCUAAACACAUUUUCUUCAUAAUUGACACAGCGAAUGACACUGUCUGGUUAGGAGACCACAAGGCAUCAAACACUGAACAUUUGUUUACAUUGACACCAUGCUGCAACAUGAAUUAACUUCCCACAUGCAUUGUACUUUGGCUUGUUUUAUAAAAAAUUUGGACACAUGCAAAGCAUUCAAAAGCUUACUGCCUAAAACAACUGCAAAAACUGCAUUCUAUCUGAUCGGGUCAUUAGUCUGCAAUUAUAAAAGGUUAACACAUUGUGGAACUGUUAAGCAGUACCAGAAUUCAAAUUUUAGUGACGGUACCUGAUUCUCAGCAUUUUGGAUUCUGUUCCAAUUUUGGAUAUAAUUUAAUUUCCCCACUCCAAGAAGCACCAUAGAAAACUGUGUGCCCUGCCCUGCCCUGCCCUGCCCUGCGAGGCAGUGUAAAGCCUUGAGAUCAGUGUUGUUUGAUUUCACACUAAACUAAGGCGCCUCUGCUAUCUGUAUUUGAAAUUGUACAAAGCCUGUAUACAGAGUUCCUUGUGAUAUGUAUGUAUGUAUAUAAUUGUCUAUAAACAUAUCAAGUUUUAUGCCUUUUUCACCAUUUUGUCCUUUUAUAUCCAGUUCUGUUGUGUUUUGUACUUUGUUCUUUUUGUUCUCCUUAAAUGUGAGAAUCUCUAUACAUAACUAGAGAACUUACUGCUAAAUCUCAUAAUGAGAAGUGUAUUAAAUUUUGUUACUAGUCAGACUUAGACUGGUAGUGGCAGUGCUGCUGUGUCCCAUCACAUCUUGCUCUAUGUAGAAAUUCCAACAACCCUGAAGGUAAUCCAAAGCAACCAACCAAUCACCUGCCAGCCUUGGUCAUCUAUUGUUAAGACUUUGAUGUUCACUGAACUCUAUAGAAAUAUAUGCACAUGAUAAUCCAAAAUGACUCUUUAAAAUGCAGCAUUUUCUAAAUCUUGUAAUUCUUGAUUGUCAUUCUUUUUUUGUGAAGAUGAUGUGAGGAAGGGAAAGUGAGGUUUCAGUGUUGUCCUGUUUGUGUUGCUAUAGGAAGGUUGGUGUAGAGCAGCCAUCAAUCAUUCUUGGCAAUAAGUUCUCUGACAGUGUCAAUGCCAAAGGUUUUCCCCUCAGAUAACUGAUGAAAAUGGUUGGGUUGUUCUCAGAAUUUUCUCCUGAGAUUAUGUCUCAUGAUGGGCUGCAGUGUCUAUACAGAACUUUAACGGGGGUUUGCAUUUCAUGUUUUUAUACCUGUAACCAUUAUGACAGGAAAAUGCUCCUGCCUCACUGAGAUGCAGUAUGAAGUGGUAGAUAAAUCUAAUAUAUAUGAAUGUUUUAAACUCCUGCAAUUUUCUUGUUAUUGUGUGUGUUUAUAGUUUCAAUAAAGGCUUUUUCACAA